AUGGGUCAAGGAGGGAGGAGGCCGGCCACACCACACCUUCUCGAUAGCGUCCACCUCCCACUCCCUCCUUCCUCCGGCGGAGGAGCUGGAGUGAGCGCUUCUCGGCUCCUGCGGCCCGAUGUGGGUCGGGCCUGGCUGCGGCUUGAAGCUACCAGCGCCCAAGCAACUUUCCGCUUUUAUGGAGACGGGAGAUUCGCGAACUACGAGAAUGCUGCGCUCUGCUCUGGGUGCUGCAGUUCUGUGAGGUCCUCGGAGGCGCUCGGCGCCCUGCUCCUCGAGGUCCUAAGCCCGGGAGCGGGAGUGAGUGGGCCACUUGAUGACCCUGAGGGCUUAGAUCCCUGGGACCUUACAAUAUUUCCGCCCCACUCCAUCCCUUGGGGUGGGCAGAUCUGCCCCGGGGCAGUACCUGCUGGACUAGCACUCGCUGGUCCGGCAGCUCCUGAGUUCCGCAAGGCGCACGGUCGCGGGGACCCGAAGCCGGCCGCGGACUUUCGAGACCUCCUUAGGCGGGGCCAGCACCGCGCUCGGCCAGUGACAUGUUGUCUUCGUUGGAGGAAGUAUGUCAUGUCAUCCAGGCCUUUUGAAAGUCCGCCUCCUUAUAGACCUGAUGAAUUCAAACCGAAUCAUUAUGCACCAAGCAAUGACAUAUAUGGUGGAGAAAUGCAUGUUCGGCCAAUGCUCUCUCAGCCUGCAUAUUCUUUUUACCCAGAAGAUGAAAUUCUUCACUUCUACAAAUGGACAUCUCCUCCAGGAGUGAUUCGUAUUCUGUCUAUGCUCAUUAUUGUGAUGUGUAUUGCUAUAUUUGCCUGUGUUGCCUCCACACUUGCCUGGGACAGAGGCUAUGGAACUGGCUUACUAGGAGGUGGUUUUGGCUACCCUUAUGGAGGAAGUAGCUUUGGUGGCUAUGGAGGCAGCUAUGGCUAUGGUUAUGGCUACGGUUAUGGCUAUGGAGGAGGCUAUACGGAUCCAAGAGCGGCAAAGGGCUUCCUGUUGGCCAUGGCUGCCUUUUGUUUCAUUGCCUCAUUGGCAAUAUUUGUUACCAGUGUUAUAAGAUCUGAAAUAUCCAGAACAAGAGGAUAUUACUUGACUGUGAUAAUAGUGAGUGCUAUCCUAGGUAUCCUGGUGUUUAUUGCCACAAUUGUCUAUAUAAUGGGAGUCAACCCAACUGCCCAGGCUUCUGGAUCUUUAUAUAGUUCACAAAUAUAUGCCCUCUGCAACCAGUUCUAUACACCUGCAGUUUCUGGAGUCUAUGUGGAUCAGUAUUUGUAUCACUACUGUGUGGUGGAUCCCCAGGAGGCCAUUGCCAUUGUGCUAGGAUUCAUGAUCAUUGUGGCUUUUGCUUUAAUAAUUUUCUUUGCUGUGAAAACUCGAAGAAAGAUGGACCGGUAUGACAAGUCCAAUAUUUUGUGGGACAAAGAACACAUUUAUGAGGAACAGCCACCCAAUGUGGAAGAAUGGGUUAAAAACGUGUCUGCAGGCACACAAGACAUACCUCCACCCCCAUCUGACUAUGUGGAGAGAGUCGAUAGUUCCAUGGUGUACUCUUCCAAUGACAAAGUGAAUGGCAAGCGGUCAUAUCCAGAGUCUUCCUAUAAGUCAACACCACCGGUGCCUGAAGUGGCUCAGGAGCUUCCCCUCACUUCACCCAUGGAUGACUUCAGACAGCCUCGCUACAGCAGCAGUGGUAACUUAGAGACACCUUCAAAAAGGGCUCCCACUAAGGGAAGAGCAGGAAAGCCCAAGAGAACAGAGCAAGAUCACUAUGAGACAGACUACACGACGGGUGGAGAAUCCUGUGAUGAGCUGGAGGAGGACUGGAUCAGGGAAUAUCCACCUAUCACUUCAGAUCAACAAAGACAACUCUACAAGCGAAAUUUUGACACUGGCCUGCAGGAAUACAAGAGCUUACAAGCAGAACUUGACGAGGUCAAUAGAGAACUCUCUCGUCUAGAUAAAGAAUUGGAUGACUAUAGAGAAGAAAGUGAAGAGUACAUGGCUGCUGCUGAUGAAUACAAUAGACUGAAGCAAGUUAAGGGAUCUGCAGAUUACAAAAGAAAGAGAAAUUACUGCAAACAGUUGAAGAGUAAAUUGUCACACAUCAAGAAGAUGGUUGGAGACUAUGAUAGACGGAAAACUUAGAAGGCAGAUGCCACAGUGCUGGAGAAAUUAAGGAAUAUCUAUCUGAUAUCUCUGAAAUGUUCUCAGAAGGCAAAUGAUUUUGGACUCUUUAUCUAGGAAGCCAAACUCGGUGUUCAUUACAAAGUUUUGGUAGCUUUAAUAUCAUCAGUUUCAUAUCAUCAGUAUUGAAGCAUUUAUAAAUAACUUUUGUUAAUCAACUGGGCUGAACACUCCUAUUAAGGAUUUUAUAGUUUAAACACUGGUUCUCGUAUUAAGAACAAAAUAAUGCUGUUUGAGGUUUUUAAACCUUAAAGGAAGGUCCUGGUAUGAACUGUGCUGUGAAUUUUCACACCCAAGAAAGCAUCUAAUCUUCCCAACAAUGCUUUAGAUAAUUAUUAUUUAUAAUCAUUUAUUUUUAAAUAAGAAAACUGGGUCCCUGCAAUGAAGUCUCUGAAGUGAGACUGCUUGUGUACUAGCAUAUGCUUUUGGUUAUGUCUAUUUUAUGACUCCAUUAAUAAUAAAGUCCCUGCCCUUGGAAUUUUAGCUACUGUGUAUACUACAUUCUGCCAACCUCCCUAUUGAUUUUUUUCUGUUAUAAAAAUGAUUAAAAGGGUUUUUUUGUU